GCGGAUAUAGCGAAUGCGGGGUCCGGGGAGAGCGGAUAUAGCGAAUGCGGGGUCUGCGGAGAGCGGAUAUAGCGAAUGCGGGGUCCGGGGAGAGCGGAUAUAGCGAAUGCGGGGUCCGCGGAGAGCGGAUAUAGCGAAUGCGGGGUCCGGGGAGAGCGGAUAUAGCGAAUGCGGGGUCCGGGGAGAGCGGAUAUAGCGAAUGCGGGGUCCGGGGAGAGCGGAUAUAGAGAAUGCAGGGUCCGGGGAGAGCGGAUAUAGUGAAUGCAGGGGUCCGGGGAGAGCGGAUAUAGCGAAUGCGGGGUCCGGGGAGAGCGGAUAUAGCGAAUGCGGGGUCCGGGGA